CUGCAGAUCGCCUCCACCACCGGCCUCUUCGUCUACUUCACCAUGGCCAUCUCCAAGCUGAAAUCCCAGGCUCCGGGCAGCGCGGAGGAGCUGCGGUGUCUGCAGGUGCUCAAUCAGCAGCCCGAGGGCUCCAGCCUGGAGGAGCUGAGCAGCAGCCAGGGCUGCCUCAAGCUGGCCAGCACCAUCAAAGCCUACGUGGCCACGGUGACCGAGAACAUCAUCCGCAGGAGUGCCGUGAAGGAGGCCUGGCAGAGCUAUUUCAACACCUCAGAGGGGCAGCUUCCUCCCCGAACAGCUGGGAAACCCUCGGCACAUCUCACCCUCCGCCCACAGAGCCUGGCUCAGGAUGGACGCUCGCAGAGCUUUGGGAACCUGUCGCAGUCGUGCCGCCACGCCAUCGCGCACUGGGGGCACAGCAGCCUGCGCUCCCACGUGCACAACAUGAGCUACCGCGCCGGGCGGCUGCGCGUGGAACAGCCUGGAAAGUACUACGUGUACUCCCAGAUCUAUUUCCGCUACCGCGGCGCCGGCCGCGACUCGGGCCCGCAGCUGGUGCAGUGCAUCCAGUGGCAGCCGGCACACAGCCCGCCCGUGCUGCUGCUCAAGGGAGUGGGCACCAAGUGCUGGGCGCCCGACGCCGACUACGGGCUCCACGCGCUCUACCAGGGCGGACUCUUCGAGCUCAAGGCCGGGGACGAGCUCUUUGUCUCCGUCUCCUCCUUGGCCAUCGACUCCAACGAUGCCGCAGCCAGUUACUUCGGGGCCUUCCGCCUCGACCUGUGACUCCCCCUGCGCUCCCCCGGGGCUGGCACAGCCUCUCGUGCCCGCGGUGUCCCUUGUGCCGAGGGACGAGCCAAGAGCGGUCCGGGGACGGCUGCGGCUCGGUGCCGCCCUGCAGGGAAGGAGGAAGGGUCUCUGAGGACCCACAGGGGACAUCCCAGCCUCGGUGACACCUCCCAACGGCUCCCUGCAGCGGGAAAGGCACCCGGGCCACGUCUGCCACUGCAAGACAAAGUGUCCCCGUGGUGACACCGUGAGCCCCACCCCACCUCGGGCAGGGCUGCGGGUGCCGGGACCUGGGGCUGGAAGCACCCCCGGGGUGGCACCUCUGGGUUGGGAGGGUGGGGCAGGUCCAGUGCCGGCCUCUGGAAGGGAAGGAAGGAGUUUCAGUCCGGGAGAUGUUUGGGAGAUGGUUCCAGGGAGGGCAAAGGGCAGGGAACCGCAGCAGGCGCCAGGCCUGGCACCGCACCCAGCACGUGGCACCGGGACACGUGGUGAGCGAGCCGGGCUGCAGAGCCCAGGGGCUCAGCACGGCUGCUGAACAAGAACCUCUUCCCACGGGGAUCCUGUCCCCCCCAGCCCUCGUGGACAGCGCAGUCCCCACCUCCUCACACCUCCAGGCCUGGCGGUCCCUGCAGGAUUCCAGCUCUGGCUGAGCCCGGUGGGCACAGCAGGACCUCGGAGGGACCAAACCAGCCCUGGGGUGAUGGAGACCACCCCAGAGGCCAAAGGUGGGUUCAGGCAGGGCCCAGCUGGCUCAGCCCAUGGACGCAGCCCCCUUGUCUCACUCCCCCCGUACUCUGUAUCCUGCUGAGACCAGGGGGAUUUGCGGGCAGUGGGCUCCCAGGGAGGAUGGAAUAAAGCCUUGUACUCCAGCACGGGUCUGGCCCCUUUGCACCCAGGACAAGGCUGGGCAGGGAGGAUCUGGGGGCAGCAGGGCACUGCUGGGGCACUGCCAGGGCUCCAGACAGAGCCCAGCAGAGGCUCCUGCUCCAGGGGCUCUGCGGCCACCGGCCCCACGACACCGGGGCAGUGCCCAGGGGAGCUGUUCCUGCUCCUCAGCUCCUUCAUCCUCGCUGGGCCAGCUCCUGCACAGACCCCACGGAAUCUGAGCCCAUCCCAGCUCCUCCUGCCCUCCUCAGCUCGGGGUCCCACUGUUCCUCCCCUCUGAGCGUGGGAUUGUCCCAGCCCAGGACACAGCCGGGGCCACCCGGGGGCUGUUCCUGGGCAGGGGCUGCCCCUCGUUCCUGCCACCCCUCCUGCAGCGUUCCAGGCCUGACUCCCGGCCCUCCACAUCCCUGGGCAGGGCUGGGGGCAGAGCCAGGCAGUUCCCACAUCCCCCAUAGCCCCAGCUCCUGCAGGCUCCCGCUCCAGGGGACACGGUGCCACCCGCACACAAACACCUGGACCAGCCCCAAAUGCAAGGAAUGAUUCCCCAGCUCAUCCAGAACCUCCAAAAGCUCAUCCAGAAGCUCCAAAAGCUCACCCAAAGCCAGAGAGCACUGGGAGCAGCCUCCUGGGGGGUGACAGGGCUGAUCCCCCCUUGGCAGGGCUGGUGGGCUCCGUUUUCCCAGUCCCCAGGGAGGGAUGGAGGGAGCUGGGCCAAGCCUUGGCUCUGCAGCACUCUGGGCAAAAAUCAAAGCACUCCAAACCCCUCCAUCCUAAACCCACCCCUUUUCCUCCACCUCUCAUCCCUGUUCCUGCUGUCCUGGCACCUCAGUGAGCCACAACAGCUCUCGACACCCUCGGCUCCCAAACAGCCCCGGGAGCACCGAGCUUGUCUGGCCACGGGAGCACAGGGCUGAAGAGCGGAGCUGGGGCUGCAGGAAACGCAGCAGGUGCUUCCAAGGUUUCCUUUGGAAGGGACACGGCCCGAGGGAGCCGGCAGAGGUUGUGUUUGCCACGGAGGAAGCAGGGAAAGCAGCCAAGGGCUCACCCCACUUUCCUGGAAAGGGGAGAGCUCCUGGGGUGGAGGGGAGAAGGAGAACUCCAGCAGCAUCAGGGCGAAGAGCAGCCUCACCCCGUGUGGGGAGAGCACAGCUGGAAUUCCUCACUGAGGAGCUGGCACAGGUUACCCCCAGCAGCCGCGGCCCCUCUGCCUCCUCCAUCCUCCUCCCUGUCCUGGGGCACCCCAGGGCUCCCACCUGGACACGGGGACUGGCCACCAGCAGCAGAAGCCAGCAGAGAAACCUCCACAAGAGCAGCCUGAGGAACCUGGGCCAGCACUGCCCAUCCCAGGGCGCUCCAGGAAAGAGAACCAGGAGUGGAAAGAGCUGGAUGAGGGGACACCACUUGCUCUGAGGAAACAAAAGGUGCUGUGCAAAUGGAGGAAAGUACUGAAGAUUUCUCAUACAACCCUUCUGUUAGUGCUAAAAUUGUUUAUUGGAAGUUACAAGUCACAGUUUAAAGGUGAGUGUUGCUGACGAGGUCACUGCAGCUCCUCCUGGAAAGUGAAGUCAGUGGUCCCUAAACCAGCUCGGCAUCCCCUCCCCUGCCAGCACCUCCCUGGGGCUGGGACAGCCACAAGAACAAAGAAUUCCUGAUUAUCCCUCCUGAGGGUGUCCCCAAAGGCGAGAGCUGCAGCUCAUCCCCACCGGGUCCCUCCAGCCACAGCUCCGGAGCCUCCCGGCCCUUCCUGAGCACCCGGAGCCGCAGGGGGACAGGACCGAGGGAUAACGGGGAGCAGUUCCCUGGCAGGGGGGGCAGGCUUGGCCCAGGGUGGAUCCCUGGCAGUGCCCAAGGCCGGGCUGGACACUGGGGCUGGAAUGGGGUGAGUUUUAUGGUCCUUCCAAGCCAGCCCAUUCCAGCAUUCUGUGAUUCCCUCCUGCUCUAAGGCAGCCUGGGAGGUGGGGCUGGCUGCAGCGCUCAUAAAACCUCCACACUGACCUGAUUUCCCGUGGCCUCGCCCUGGGGAUUCAAUCCAGACACAAAGUGCUUCCUGCAGCCGCUGCCAAAGACCCUCUUAUCUCCUCUGCCAAGGAGCUGCUUUUACCUCAGGGUGUUCACGGCCCCCAGUCCCUCUCUGAAUAAAUCCUGGGGCCAAAGGCUCCUUUUUCCCUC